AUGAUCAUACAUCUCUUAACACUUCUUAUAUGCCACGUGGCAAUCACUUCCGCCGCUCCAUCUCCCAGAAUGUGUGCUUCUUUUGCAAAGUUUGCUGAACGAUGGAAUCCACUUCCGGAGACACUUCUCUCGUGGUCUAAAAAUAAUUGUGACAAAAUUCAACCAAGACCCAGAGAUAUGUCAUGCGAAGAUGUGGUACAGUUUGUCGCUGACUGCAACUUCAGUGGAGGGGGUCCUGGUCCUGGAAAACUUGCUGACACUACAAAUAGACAAGUGGCAGACACAUUUUAUCAGAGAACAUAUGAAAACUUCCCACGAGUUCUUCCCAAGUAUAUCUACUAUAAUGAAAAUACAGCUCGAGACUAUGGUCAGUUUGGAAACUGGUAUUAUCCGAACUACUAUCCACCCACCUAUCUUGGGUUCUUCGAUGGAAGACCUGCGAGUAUGGCUCAACUGGAAAACGAUUAUAAGUUUGCUCGCUCGGGACAUUACCCAUACAAUCGGGCAGAUAACAUUGUUAACAUUGGACUUCAACAAACGUAUCUUCCAACUUGUCUUCAUGAUUUGUUCUAUUGUGUUCGCGCGAGCACGGGACAAAGACCCCAAGCCUAUUUGAAUUACAAAGAGUAUCGUCGCGAUCGAGAUAUGGCAGCUGAACAGAUGUCUCAACGUGAUCAGGAUAUCAAGACGCUUCGGCGUCAUCGUACCAGGCACCACGACGAGGAUUAG